CGGGGAGGGCGGGAGCGAGCGGAGCCCGCAGCGAGCAGCGCCCGGGCCGCCGCCGCCGCCUCCGCAGCGCCCGCACCGACCCCGCAGCGCCAUGGCGGCCGCGGCCGCCGAGCCCAGCACCGGCCGCUACCAGCAGCUGCAGAACGAAGAGGAGCCGGGCGAGGCCGUGCCGGUGGUGAGCGAUGCCCCUCCGCCCUACAGCAGCAUUUCUGCAGAGAACACAGCUUAUUUUGACUACAAGGAUGAGUCAGGGUUCCCAAAGCCGCCGUCCUACAAUGUGGCCACCACUCUGCCCAGCUACGACGAGGCCGAGAGGACCAAGGCUGAGGCCACCAUUCCCUUGGUGCCUGGCAGGGAUGAUGACUUUGUGACACGGGAUGACUUUGAUGACACUGACCAGCUGAGGAUAGGAAACGAUGGCAUCUUCAUGUUGACUUUCUUCAUGGCAUUCCUCUUCAACUGGAUUGGAUUUUUCCUGUCUUUCUGUCUGACUACUUCAGCUGCAGGACGAUAUGGGGCCAUUUCUGGAUUUGGUCUGUCUCUUAUUAAGUGGAUCCUUAUUGUCAGGUUCUCCACCUAUUUUCCUGGCUACUUCGAUGGCCAGUACUGGCUUUGGUGGGUCUUCCUUGUACUAGGUUUUCUGCUGUUUCUCAGAGGAUUUAUUAAUUAUGCAAAGGUUAGGAAGAUGCCAGAUACGUUUUCCACUCUCCCCAGAACCAGAGUUCUCUUUAUUUACUAAAGAUGUUUUCUGGCAAAUGUCUUCCUGCAUUAGUGAAAUCCCCCCCAAGAAGCAGCAGGACACCUGCAGGAAGUGAAUCAAGGCUCUGGAGCAGAAGAAAAAAUAAUCACCUGCUUUAAAAUAAAUAAAUAAAAGUACUGUUGGAAAAAG